ACAGUUCUCAUUGUUGGCGCAGGGCCUGUAGGGCUGUUCACAGCGCUCAAACUUGCCCAGAAGGGAAUCGAUGUCGUUGUGAUUGACAGCGAGCCCCAUGUGCUCAAAAGCGCCAGGGCAACGACAUAUAUGCCCAUCGUCCUGAACGAAAUGGAAAAGGUUGGCCUCGUCGAUGACCUGCUCAAGGCGGGUCACACAAAUCGAGAAGGUGUCAGCUUUCGCAAAACCAAUGCCCAAGGCGGUGAGGUACUCGGCGCUCUCAUGAUGGCUGCAAUCCCCAAAGGCGCAGUGAAGUACGACUUCACCGGCAUUCAUCUUGGCCAACAAGCUGUGGGUGAGUUGAUUCUCAAGCACUGUGAGGCUCAGAAGUCGUUUCGUGUCUUGUGGCAGCAUCGGUUCGCCGGGCUCAAACAGCAGGAUGACAUGAAGCCGAUCGAGGUCGUAGCCGCAAGCCCAAUGGGCGAGAAGUUCUUCACCUGCGACUAUCUAGUCGGCGCAGACGGAGCGGGCAGUUCUGUGCGUCGUUCUCUUUGUAUUCCCUUUGAGGGCUUCACGUGGAACGACUUCCGCUUCGUGGCAUCCAACGUCAAGUACGAUUUUGAGAAGUAUGGAUUCACAACCGCCAACAUGAUCGUCGAUGAGGAGGACUGGGCAGUGAUUGCUAGAACGGGCCCCGGUGACGACCCAUGGCGUGUUGCCUUCGGACUGCGUACAGAUGUUCCCAUGGGAGAUCUUAUGGAGCAUCUAAAGGAGAAGUAUGAGCGACUUCUGCCUGGUCCGCGUCCCCUCAAGUACGAUUUGGUCAGUGCAAACCCGUACUGGGCCCACCAAAGGGUUGCAAAGACCUGGAACGUUGGGCGAGUUGUUCUUGCAGGCGAUGCAGCACACUCGAAUAAUCCCAUCGGCGGGCUUGGGCUCACCACAGGAUUUUUAGACGCUGCUGCACUGGGAAACUGCUUGAUCAGGAUCAUCCGCCACGGCGAGAAGCCGGAUGAGCUAUUCAGUCGCUAUGAGAGUGUGCGACGGGCUGCAUGGGUCAACUACACCAACAAGGCAUCCACUGAUCUUAAGCUGCGAUUGCACUCUACCGAUCCACAGAUUGUCGCCGAUCGACAAGCAUUUUUCGAUGCGCUCAACAAC